GCGGUAUCAAGUGGCAAAAACAAAAACAUGAGCAAGACAAUACGGAUACGGAACAUGUAUCCCCUGAAAAUGAGCCAUUCCCAUCGAGCACAGCUAUCAUGCGAAACAUAACGUCUAGUAAUGAAAGUAAAAGAUCUGGCUUCACUUUUGGUUCCGCCAUGCAAAAGAUAGAUGAGGCUGGUAAAUUUUCAGGGAAUAGCAUGGCCGAUAACGGUAUCUUAGAGGAAAGCAGUGCCGUCAUCUCGUCGAGCGCCACGUCCUCCGUUGGAGAUUUGUCCUGCAUGGAACUUCUGAUGAGUUUGCUUUUGCAGUUGCAUUUGCAUUUUUUUGUGACGCAACAUACAGCAUACAGUGCUGCAGGCAACACAGAUUUACAAUGUGAUUUAUCUAUCAGCUUGACUGUUACAAGCUACUACAGAGGUCCUUGCCCCUUCUGUAGGCUCCGCAGAAUGAUGGAAGUUGUUCUAGACUGUGCCUGACGACGUCUUUGUGCAUCCACCUGUCUGAUUCUAAAACUUUAUUGAGCACAUCAAUGCCACGAGUCGGACUCGCGGUCGUACGCGCAAACCUAGCUGUAGCUACGGAAGUGCCCUAUAAUAGUACUUCUAGACCACGGUGGACGGUUGGACGAAGGCAGUUCUUCUCUCCUGGUGAUAAUCGAGAUAGUUGUCAAAGUCGAUCAUGCCAACGAAACUGUGCGAAUUUAUGGCGAUCUCAAACGUUGCAGUAUUUGGCGCUACGUGAUGAAUGUCGCCUGAUUUGUCACGCAAAGCCGCAGCCGCUACCUAUCAGAUAGACUGAUAGGAUAAAGAUUCCUCGAAGCUAAGCUGGUUCGCAUGAAGACAAGGCUCCUUUGCACAAAAUAGCACCGAGCUUGAACAUGGUGUUCUUGCGUGCGUUUUUUGCUUUUGGUGUUCUUACAUGACAAAUCAACGCGAAUGAAGUCAUGUACUUUAAAGGGAUUAUUCAAUGUGACCACGUUUGAGACUGCCAUAGCCCACGGGAUUUGUCACGACGGGAAAUUUAUUCUGUGCAAGAACAGUUAAAGUAUCGUACACGUAGACGUACCACGGUAAAUUGCAUGACAUCAAGUGAAUUUCCUCUUGAGCAUGAGAAAUUUUUAGAUUUGCAAUGCGGAUUUACCUUGAACAAGAGAUUCAGAGUUCGAUAUCGGUGCGUAAUGUAUAACAGCGACUGCUACGGUACGAGUACGACAUUUUUGCAGUGCAUAAAAUUCUCGGGGGAUUCUUCGAAGGGAAACCUUUUCCACCCGAGCAUCUCAGUAUCCAUCGCAUAAGAACUCUUCUUGUCGUGGUUGAUUUUGCUUUCAAAUUUGGCGCACAGCAAGAGAGGCAGAGGCACAGGUAGUGGUCUUGCAUUCGAAAUAUAAUUUGGCUCGGACCAGCUUCGUUUGUCGUUACCGGCUGGCGAAGAAGUCAGAGAAAACUAAGUACUUGAACCGGUAGGCGACAGUCGCACAUACUGCACGCAGCUGCCCAACACAGAUGUGAAGGUAAGUACCACAACACGACAGCUGUGCUGUUUUUUCCCUUGCAUAAGUGUCAAAUGGCGGUGCGAAAAAACUGGCGAAACACCUUCCGUGUCCGUCGCGGGCAGUACCAGUAGUCGUUACACACCGACACCAGGGAGCUGCAGCAACAUGAUGGCCAG